AUGGCCGAGAAAAGCAGUGGGUAAGGAUAAAUUUUGAUAUAUUCUAUUUGUCAUUAAAAAAGUUUAAAAAUUUGGUAUUUAAAAAUUUCCUGAGGGCGUCAUUUUGGAGAUGACAAAUUGAAACAUUGAGGUUGUGUGCUGUAUAGCAGUGGGCAAAUUAUGCUUGAAUUAAUUGGCUUUAGUAUCUACCGGUCGAAAAUUAUGUCAGUUUUUGUAAAAGCUAUACUAAAAUUUUAAAUUUUUUGAAUUUUUAAUAGAGUUUGAAAAUUUUCUGAGGGCACAAAUUUGAAGGUAACAAAAUGAAACUUUGCAAUUAUGUACUGUAUAGUACAGAGCAUAAAAUACUGUAAUUGCAAGUUUGUACGAUUGACCGGUCGAAAGUUAUGGUUAUUUUUGUCAGAGUUACACAAAUGUCUGUUUUUUUCAAAAGUUUAAAAAUUUUCGGAGGGAAAAAAUUUAAAGAUAAAAAAUUGAAACUUUGUGGAUUUAUGCUGUAUACUACUAGGUAUAAAAUUCUACAAAUGUACGUUUUUAUGAUGACCAGUCAAAAACUAUCAUUAUUUUUUUAGAAUUUGUGACUUUAUUUCGAUUUUUUUAGAAUUUCGGAAGUCUAAAAGUUUUCUGAGGGCAUAAUUUUGAAGAUAACAAAAUAAAACUUUGGAAUUAUGUGCUGUAUAGUAUUGAGAAUAAGUUAUAAAUUUUACGUUUUUAGAGUCGACCGGUCGAAAGUUAUGCUUGUUUUAUUUUUUUCAGUUUUUUGAAAUUUUUGAAGGUUUAAAAAUUUCCUAAGGGCGUAUUUUUAAAGGUUUUAAAUUUAAACUUUUCAGUUAUGUGCUUUAUAGUAUUGGGCAUAAACCACCAUAGUUUUAUGUUUAUAAACUUGACCGGUCAAAAGAUAUGAUUAUUUUUCUAACAUGAGGAAAUUUAUUCCUCUAAAUAAAAAUUUUCAAAUUUUUAUAAAAAAGCAAAAAUAAUGAAAAUUUUCAACAGUAAAUUCAAUUUUUCAUUAUAAAAUUUCACUUUUGUUUAUAAACUUCAAAAUUCCAGAAUUUCCCGUUCCUUCCUUCUAUUAUAUUGUGGUUAUGGCAUCUCAUGCGUUGGUGAUCGUCUAUGGACGUUUGCCAUUGUUUUUAUAUUGGAACGUUUGGGAGGGAUGCGAUUAGUGUCUAUAAAUCAGUUUAUUGAAGCCAUAUCAGCAAUGUUGUUGAGUACCUAUAUUGGCAAUUGGAUGGAUCGUCGGGAUCGGAGACAUGGUAGGUGAAAUACGAACAUUUUCUGGUACUGAUUAGUUUUUGUAAAGAAAGUUUCUUCCAAAUCAUAAAAAUUUUCAAAAAUGCCCUUUUCUAUCAUUGUAAACAAAGUUAUUGCCAAAAAAUUAAUUUCUGCACUGUGCAACGCUAUUUGUACUCUUUGCACAGUGCGAAAGUGCGAUCCUGUCCGAUCUGGCAAGUUAAGCAACGGUGCGCUUGAUAAUAAAAAGUUUGAGGAACACUGGGUGGAAACAAAGUUUUUGGGAUUUUUAUGAUACUGGAAAGAUAGUUUUUGUCAUUUUUUAGUUUUACGGUGCUAAAAAUGGCAUUUUAAGCAAUUUUUAGGUAGAAAAAACCAAUUUUUUGCAGUGUUUUGCUUUGUAAAGAAAGUUUUUGCGUUUUUAAAAAAAUUAUUUGGUUUUUUUAAAAUACCUUUUUUUCAGGUACUCUCACAGUACUAGCCGUGAACAACAUAAGCGUAGCUGUAUCAGCCUUCAUGCUACUAGUAUGUCUUUCAUCUUACGGUGGCUCUUCAUGCAUACUGUACUUUUCCUGCAUAACUUUGUCGAUUUUCUUUUGCGCACUAUCCAAAUGUGCAUCAGAAGCCGAGAAGUUCUCGUUUACAAAAGAUUGGAUAGUGGUACUAACCAAGAAAGAGGACCAAUCACAACUUUCGGCCAGAAACGCGACAAUGACCGUAAUUGACCAGAUGAGCAGUGUUGUCGCUCCGAUUGUCACUGGAUAUUCAUUGACUUUUAUGGGUUACAAGGGGGCUUGCUUGUUCUUUGUCGCUUGCAAUUUGUUGUUUUGGAUCGUCGAGAGGGCUUUGCUGGCCAAAGUUUACAAUGAAGUGCUGGAAUUGCAUGUUCGGGAGAAGGUUAGAGGUAUGUAUAUUAUUUUUCUAAAUUUUUGGUUUUAAUAGUAUAUUAAAGAAAAUUUUAGUUUUUUGGGACGUUUUCAAACGAAAGUAUUGAAAAUAGGCCUGAAACUAAUUUUCAAAAGAUUUUUUUUGUUUUUGCACAGUGUAAACUUCUUUUUCAUUUGCACGGUGCAAAAUAGCGGCGACUUCUCUUUGAUUUUUUGACUGCACGGUGCAAACGUUAUUUUUCGGACCGCACAGUGCAAAUUCAAGCCGCUAUUUUCUUUGAUCUUUUUGAUUGCACGGUGCAAACGUUAUUUUUCGGACCGCACAGUGCAAAUUCAAGCGGUUCCCUUCAUUGAUCUUUUUGAUUGCACGGUGCAAAAGUUGUUUUUCGGACUGCACAGCGCAAAAUUGUCGCGCUUUUUCUUUUAUUUAUCCGCACAGCGCAGGAAAUUAUUUUGUCAUUGCACAGUGCAAAAGCGACUUAUAAAAUUGCACUGUGCAAAAUUGCGGCCAUUUUUCUUUGACCUUUUUUGGCUGCACAGCGCAUAGCACUUUUUCGGUUGCACUGUGCAAAAUAGCGGCGCUUUUUUUUUAUCUUAUUGACUUCACGGUGCAAAAUAAAAUAAACCUCCUACUCUAAUUAUAUACAUCAUGUUCCAGAUGAAACAAUAGAAAAAGAAAUUGACAUCCUAACACACACUGAACGUUUACCAGUCCAUAAACGUCUGUGUAAGAUGGUACGCGCAUACUGGCGUCAAUCCGUUUGUCCAGCAGCGUUUGGUUUGGCCAUGUUGUACAUGACUGUUCUAGGCUUUGAUGGUUUGGCUAUUAGUCAUGCUAAAAGCCAAAAUUUGCCAGACGACGUGAUUGGCUGGUUUAGAUCAGCUGGUAGUGUACUUGGUAUAGCUGGUGCUUUUACUUAUACGUUUACUGAACGAAUGAUUGGGGUUAGAAGGACUGGUGUUAUUGGGCUGAUGGUAGGUUGAAAUUUUAGAUUUGAAAAAAAAAAUUUUUGAAAUUAAAAAAAAUGUAAAAUACGAAAGCUGCUUCUCUAAGUCUUCAUUUAAAAAAUAUUUUCAGCUCCAACAAUUAUUCUUAUGGCUCUGUGUAGUAUCAAUUGCUCUACCUGGAAGUCCAUUUGAUCCUGAAGCCUACAAAAAUGAAAUCACACUAGAAGUAAGUCAAAUGGCUUUCUUACGUGCCUAAAAAUGCUUUUUUCAAAAAAAUGGUUAAAACUUUCUUUACAAGGUAAAAAAUGGCAAAAACUUUCUUUACAAAAUUAAAAUGCCAUUGUUAAUACUAUCUUAGUUAAACAUUCAAAAAAUUCUUGCAAGCACUCUCAAAACCCCAAAAACUUUCUCAAAAAAACCAAAUUUCCGAGUUCAACGGCUAAAAGUAGUUUAAAAUGCCGUUUUUUAUCAACAUAAAUCUAAAAACAUGCAAAAACUUUUUUUCCAAUACCAUAAAAACCCCAAAAACUUUGUUUUCACCCAGUGUUCUUCGAACUUUUUGUAAUCAAGCGCACGGUUGCUUAACUUGCCAGAUCGGACGGGACCGCGCUUUCGCACUGUGCAAAGAAGAAAAAUGGCGCUGCACGGUGCGGAAUUAAUUUUUUUGCAAUAAAUUUGUUUACAGUGAUCUAAAAUGGCAUUUUUAAGCAUUUUUGAGUUUUGGAAAGAACUUUCUUUACAGAUUUUUUGAGAAAAUUACGAUUAAAAAAAUGGCAAUAACUUUGUUUACAGUGACUUAAAAUGGCAUGUUUGAGGAUUUUUGAGUUUUGGAGAGAACUUUCUUUACAAAACAAAAAAUGGCAAUAACUUUGUUUACAAAACCAAAAAUGGCAACAACUUUCUUUACAAAGCUAUAAACUGCGUUUUUGAAUUUUUUGAUUUAUUAUUCGUAUUUUACAGAAAUGGUGGGAACAAUUCGUCGAUGCAUUUGCUGCCAACCCUCCAGAUGCUCCAAUUCAGCAAAUCGGCCAGAACAUCUCAGUCAUCCCAACCCUACCCACACUUCAUUCGUCGGCCGAUAUCGACUGGUCGAAAUUCACAAUUCAUGGAAAUUCAAUCAUAUCAGUCACGGUGUUCUUAUCAGGCCUAACACUGGCUAGGCUUGGCUUGUGGAUGGCUGACUUGUGUAUUACUCAGUUGAUGCAGGAGAACAUUCCAGAAGAAGAGAGGGGUACUGUAUUUGGGGUACAGAACGCCAUGUGCCAGUUGUUUAGUGUGCUGAAGGAUAUCAUUGUGAUUGUGUUCCCGGAUCCAAGAACUUUCGGAUUUUUGAUUAUAAUGAGCGUUUUGUUUGUGACAUUUGGAUUCGCUACUUACUGUGUUUAUUUGAUCAAGGUAUGUUAUCAUGGAUAUAUAUAUAUAAUCUUAGGCUCAGACCCAACUUAAGCCUAAGCUCAGACUCAAGUGCCAACUCAAACUUAGGCUUAGGCUUAGACUUAGGCUUAGGCUUAGGCUUAGACUUAGGCUUAGGCUUAGGCUUAGGCUUUAGCUUAGGCUUAUGCUCAAGCUCAACCCAAAGUUUAGACUGAAGCUCAACCGAAGGCUUAGGCUUAAGCUCAAGUUCAUGCUGCAGCUCAGGCUCUAGUUUAGCUCCAAGCUUAGGCUGAAACCCAAGCUCGGGCUUAGGCUCAAGCUCAAUCCCAGGCUUUAGGCUCGCGUUCUGUGUUAUGGUUUAGAUUAAGGCUAGGCAUAUGAAAAUUUAUAAUUCGCAUUUUUAGACUCGAAAACACUGUAAGAGCAGUAAUAUGUCGCUCAAGCCAGGCCCAAUUCAAGAACUGACACCAUUGAAGUCGGCUGAAGUUGAAUAA